AUGACGGAGCACACAGUCAGAGGAAUGAAGGGGAUGAAGAGCGUGAUGGACCUUCCGGUCAUGCAGGACGGUCCCCCGCCCGGCGGCUACCCGUCGGUGCGCUACGCCCGCCGCAUCCCCUCCACCGGCCCCACCGGUCUCGCCUUUUUCGGCGCGUAUCUCGGCGCCAUGGCGUACGGAUUCUAUCAGAUUGGCCAAGGGAACCAUCGGCGCCGGCGCGAGAAGAAUGAGAAGCUCACGGCGCGAGCGGUCCUGGUGCCCUUCCUCCAGGCUGAGGAGGACCGGCGGUACCACAGGGCGUGGAAGGAGCGGACGGCGGUGGAGGAUAAGAUCAUGGAGGGCGUCGCGGGGUGGAAGAGCGGGGAGAACGUCUACUCGUCCACCUGGCUUCCUCCGCACAACACGCUCAGGCCCAGGAUCAUCUGA